GGGUAUAAAUCAGCUGGUUAUACAAUCGAUUCGCAAGGAUCGCUGAUCAAUCCGAAUCCGAAUCCGAAUCCGAAUCUGCAUCUGAAUCACAGACACCCCCUUUCGCUUUCCGCCAAAAAUAGUGAGCUGUGUGAAUUUUGUGAAGGUUAACAACAAGUAAAGUACCUUACGAAACCAAAGACUCAUCGCGAAUAUAUUCGAUUGCUAAAUAAUUUUCUUGGCACGCCGAUCCAGGGAAUUUCUUUUGACGCAUAUAUUAGUUUUGUUGGCCAGAGCGCAGAUACAGAGGUACAGCGAUACCAAGAUACAGAUACGUCGUAGAUCUUCGGCUCGUUGAAAUUGAAUAAAAUUAUAUAGUCAAAAAGCGAGAAAAUUUUUAGAAACUUUUCAAGUCAGCGCUAAAAGAAGAUGGCCCAACCACAGCUGCUGCAAGUGAAAUUGUCACGUUUCGACGCCCAGCCCUGGGGAUUCCGCCUCCAGGGCGGCACGGACUUCGCCCAGCCCCUGCUGGUGCAAAAGGUGAACGCCGGCAGCUUGUCCGAGCAGGCUGGCCUGCAGCCCGGCGAUGCGGUGGUGAAGAUCAACGACGUGGAUGUCUUCAAUCUACGGCACAAGGAUGCCCAGGACAUUGUGGUGCGCUCCGGCAACAACUUUGUCAUCACAGUGCAGCGUGGCGGCUCCACCUGGAGGCCGCAUGUGACGCCCACGGGCAACGUGCCGCAGCCCAACUCGCCGUAUCUGCAGACGGUGACGAAGACCUCUCUGGCUCACAAACAACAGGACAGCCAGCACAUCGGCUGUGGCUACAACAACGCGGCCCGUCCCUUCGCCAACGGCGGCGAUGGCGGCGUGAAGAGCAUUGUCAAUAAACAAUACAACACCCCGGUUGGCAUUUACAGCGAGGAAUCUAUUGCGGAAACACUCUCGGCCCAGGCGGAGGUUUUGGCCGGCGGUGUGCUCGGCGUCAACUUCAAGAAGAACGAGAAGGAAUACCAGGGCGACCGCUCCGAGGUCUUGAAGUUCCUGCGCGAGGAGGAGUCCGGCCAGUCCACUCCAGAACCACACAGUCCGGCCAACUUCUACUGGACACAGAGCCACGCCAUUGGCGGCAACGAGCGACGCACUCCGCUGCACCACCAGCAUCAGCAGACUCAGCAGGAUGAGCGGAUCGGGGUGCCGCUGCAGGCGGGAACCCUGGCGCCGGCUGCCCCACACCGGCCCAGUUUGCCCGUGGCCCCCAAGGAUAAAGAGGAGCAGCUCAGACAGCAGCAGCAGCAGCAGCAGGAUCAGGAGCAGGCCGAUCCGCGCAUCAUUGUGCUGCCCAUCUGCCCGGGGCUCCAGGGGCCGGAGUACAAGGCCGAAAUGGAGGCGGCGGCGGCGGCCCUGGCCACCGACCAGGAUGGCCGACCACGUCCAUUGACCGCCAGCGGACAUCCGGCCUGCCAGCUGUGCGGCGUGGGCAUUGUUGGCGUGUUCGUGCGCAUCAAGGACAAGAAUCUGCACGUGGAGUGCUUCAAGUGUGCCACCUGCGGCACCUCGCUGAAGAACCAGGGCUACUACAACUUCAACAACAAGCUCUACUGCGACAUCCACGCCAAGCAGGCCGCCAUCAACAAUCCUCCCAGCGGCACCGAGGGCUACGUUCCCGUUCCCAUCAAGCCCAACACCAAGCUGAGUGCCUCCACCAUCUCGUCGGCCUUGAACUCGCACGGAUACGGUGGCAACUCGAACGGCUACUCCAAUGGGAACUCCGCCCCCGCCCCGGCACCGCCUGAGUCUGAGAGCAGCCAGGAGCUGCCCCUGCCACCGCCCCCCUCGCCCACCCAGCUGCUGCAGUACGAGGCGGAGCAGCAGCAGCAGCAGCAGCAGCAGCAAGUCUCCCCGGAGCAACACCUGUCCACCAGCCAGCAGCAGCAGCACAAGCAGGAGCACACACGCACCCACAGCAGCCUGUCAUCCAUCUCUAGUGGCUCCUCCUCCUCCGGGGUGGGCGGCAGCGGCAGUGGGAGUGGCAGUGGCGUGGGCCAGAGCCAGCAGAGCUACUCGUCCACCCUGUCCCUGGACCGCUUUGGCUCGCCACUGCACUCGCGCCAGACAUCCGGCUCCUCCACGUCGCUGGAAGUGUCGCUGGCUGCUCCGGCCGCUGGUCAGGGCGAUAAUUACACAAUGACGCCGCCCUCCCCGCCGCCACCGCCUCCUCCGCAGACGCAGCCCGUGACGAAUUACAGGCUGCAGGCGGCGCAGAAUGAGAACGACAUGAAUACGCAGAACAAGAGCCCCAAUGCGUACAACCAGCUGUUGAAAGAGUACUCCAACAAGCUGCAGCAGCAACACCACAGCACCACACCCACACAGCACACGACAGCAACACCAGCAACAGCAACACCUCCGCAGAGACACAACAACAACACGGCCAAGCCAUUUGCAGUGCAACAGGCAACAACACCACACCUGCAACACCCGCAACACCAGCAACAGCCGCUUGUGGCAGCGCUAACGGCGACACUUGCUAAUCAAUUGAAAUUUAACCCACAUCAGGUUGCAAGCCCCCAAGCAACAGUAGCAACAGCAGCUCCAGUAGCAACAUCGGCUGCAGCAGCAGCAACACCCCUAGCAGCAACUGCAACAGAUAGCCCAGCUGCAACAGCAACAUCUGACAAUAUGUCGGCCUACGUGGCGGAUGAGCCGUCCUCGAUUUAUGGCCAGAUUAACACCAGCUCGGGGGUCUCUGGGCCACCCCCUCCAUCCCAAUCCGGGGAUCAGCCCUUCGAGUACGUCACGCUGACGGGCAACGUCAUCCGCAGCGUGCAGCCCCCCGGAAAGGGGGCGGGCCCCAGCUACAAGGUGAACCAGGGCUACGCUCGACCCUUCGGCGCCGCCGCCCCCAAGUCGCCGGUGUCCUACCCGGUGCAGCAGCAGCAGCAGUCGCCGCGCCCCGCCCCCGGCGGCAACAACCCGUACGCCACGCUGCCCCGCAGCAAUGUUGGCCAACAAGGUGGAGAGGUUGUGGAGGAGCUGCAGCCGGAAUUCGAGGAGGAGGACUGCUUCGAGAUGGACAUCGAGGUGGCCCUGGCCGCCAGUCGGCAGUCACAGCGUGGCUCCAGUUUCACCUGGCCUCCGCCGCAGGAUGACAGCCACCUGGCGCCCACCGCCGCACCACUGUACAUCCCUCCGCCGGAGACGCAACACGUGGUGGUUACCAAUCCGGUGCAGCAAGUGCCUCCCUUACCACCUGGAGGAGCCACGGCUCGACUAGAUCCGCAGCCCCAGGUUGAAACUAGUGCACCAGGUGUUCCCCAGUGGCAGAGUUAUUCAGCCCCUCAGCUGUCCAACCGCCAGUUGGCGGAGCAGGAGUCCAGCUCGGAUAGCUAUACGUCCACCUCGACCACGACGACAACCACUUCGGAGGAGUAUCAGCGAAUGUAUGCUGCCCAGAUUCAGGCCUACCAAAUGCAGGAGCAGUCUGGCUCAGAGUUCGACUACCAGGUGGACUACGGCAGCACCCAGGACUCCAUUCAGGAGUCUGCCUCGGGCAGGAGAAGUGCCCAGGAGUGCGUGGACUCCCUGUCGGUGCCCCUGAGCACCUACAAGCUGGUCGACAUGGUAAGGGAGGUGACACCCAGUCCCGUGACCACGCCCACUCAAACUCCCGCUCCUGCUCCCUCCACUCGCCGCGUUGUGUUUAACGAUGAGCCCGAGAUCAAGGAGUUGCCCCAACUGUCCGGCGAACUGGAGACCAUUCCCGAGGCCUCAGAGGCAGUCGAGGAUCGGGAGGAUCGUGAGGGUCUCGUGAUUGAGCAGCGCUGCCAGAUUCUGGAGAGCGAACGCAAGUUCCAGCCCACACCCGAGAUCAAGAUCGAGAUUGCCCCGGUGCGCCAGAUACCGCCCACCAAGAUACCCAACCCAAUGCCCAAGGAGUGGAUCAACCCCAUGAUUCGAGUGUUGACCACAGCCCCGGAGGUUCCUUUCCACCUGGUGGAGUGUCCCUUUCCCCGUCCCUGCGGGGAUGACUUCGAAGCAGAAGCGGCGGCCGCUGAAGCCGCUCGAGCCCAAGAGGCUCCCGCUCUACCUCCUCCUCCUCCUCCACCACCAGCUCCAGUUGAGCCAUCUCCUGCUCCCUUGCGCGAAUCUCCUCCCCGGGGAACCCGUCUCAGCCAGGCUAUGGUCACGGCUCCCGAAUUCGAGCUAAAGUUCGCCCCUCCUGCUGACCAGGGUAUCCCUCUGCCGGAGGAGACCGAGCCCUACAUGCCACCACCCAUCGAAAUUAAACCCUAUCUGCGGGAGGAUUACCGACCCAAGUCGCCGUUUGUGAGUGCCCUGACCACCGCUCCCGAGCGUCCCUUCGAAGGUCACUUCGACAAAGAUGUUCCCAUCCACAUGAUCGACCUGCCCACCCCCAAGGAGCACCUGAGCAUGUGUGACGCCCUGUGCACCGCCCCGGAACGUGGUUACACCCCCCUGAACCCCGAAAAUGCCAUGCACCGCGUGGACGAGGAGCAGAAGCAGCAGGAACUCAAGAAGCAUGAAUUUCAGGUGCUGGACCACGAGGAGGAGCUGGGCAUCCGGCCUGAGCCACCGCAGUCGGUGGAGUACUACGAAACGCGGAAGGAUCAGCCCCGGAAGUCCUCUGCCUUUGCGGCCAUGCAAGCAUUCCAGCCAUCCCGAGAACCCCUGUCCUCCAACUCGGUUUCGAAUGCUGGAAGCGUGGUGGACACUCCCCGAGCCUCGAUCGUGUCCGCCCUCAAAGAGGAAACUGAUCUGGAGUACCAGAAGUACCUCAAGGCCCAGCAGCGAAAUCAGAAGAGACUGGACUACUUCCACCAGAAGGAGGAGGAGCUGUCGGGUCUCCAGGGCCAGCAGCUGACCCAGCUGCAGAGGGAGCUCUCGAACCAGCAGCAGAGCCUCCUCAGCCAACAGCAACUGCAGCAAUCCAAGUUGCUGCAACUGCAGCAGUGCGUCCAAAGCCAAGAGCUGCAGCAACAGGUGCAGCAACUCAGUCAGAAGUCGCAGCGGCAGGAGCAACAUGUCUUGACCCAGCAGCAGCAACCUCCGCAACAACAGCAGCAACACUCUCAAAUCACCCCAAGAACCCAACAGCAACAAGUGUCCCAACAACAACAGCAACCAGUAACCCAACAGCAACAUCGACACUCCCUGCUUUCGCAAACCGAGACCCAAACCCCUCAGGCCAACGCCCAAUCUCAGAGUUCCGCCUCCUACAGCUCCAAAGCGACUGCUUGCUCUAACUCCUCUUCCACAGUCCCACCUGCCACCUCAACCGCUUGUGCCCCAGCUCCAGUCCAAGCUCCAGCACCUGCUCCUGCUCCAGCUCCAGCUCCAACUCUAGCUCCUGUGAGCACACCUGUCCGCCCACCACCUAUCGCUGUACAAAGUAGCUACUGCAGCACCCAGUUUGACGCCCACGAACUGAUCGAGGAGACCGCCGAGGAGCUCGAGCACUCGGACGUUCUGUUCCCGCCGCCCUCCCCGCUGAGCCACCUGACCAAGCAGGGCAAAGCCGUACAGUCCGGCCUCCACAAGGCGGACAGCAUCCCCAAGUACCAGCGCAACUGGACGGUGCUGCCCACCCAGAGUCCCAUCCGCACUCCGGAGCCGCAGGAGUUGCGCGAGAAUGUGCCGCUGGCCUUCGUGGAUGCCCCCAAGGCGCCGGUCACCAGCGACUCCUCCACUGUACAUAAACCCAUAGCCAUAGCCCAGGCUGCCCCACCGACAACUGUGGUCGCUCCCUCCCGGGAAAGGGAGACCGUGAAGCCACGACCACAGCUGUCGGUGCCCAUUAUAGUCGAAGAUAGAUCGGGUCCAGUAACCAUGGCUUUCCAACCGCUAGACGAACUGGUGCGACCGGACCAGGCCCUUACGCCCACCAGGCCAUACACCCCGUCGCUGACCAACAAGCCGGCUCCGAUUGUACCCUUCUACCAGACGGAGGAGAAGCUGGUAUUCGAGGAGUGCGCCGCCUCGCAUGCCAGGAACUACAACGAGCUGUGUGCCUCGCCUUUUCCGGACAGGACACGUUCCCCAGCUCCGGGACCGCCACCGAAUCCGCUGAAUGCCAUUCGAGCUCCGAGGAUGAAGGAACCGGAACCAAAGUCGACCAUUCUGUCUGUGUCCGGAGCUCCACGCCUGCAGACGGGCUCCAUAACCACUGGCCAGAGCUACCAGGGUCAGCUUUUGGCCCACUCGGAACAGAGCUCGCAGUCGGCCAGCCAGAGCUUCAGCCAGCAGCCGGAAAGGAUCACGGAGCAGAGGGUGGGCAAUCUGAGCAUCCAGCAAAGGGAGCAGUCCUCCCAGUUGCAACAGCAAGCCCAGUCGCAGUCCCAGAGUCAAACACGCAGCCAGGUGGGCAACACCCAGAUCGAAAGGCGUCGCAAGGUUACCGAGGAGUUCGAACGCACCCAGAGUGCCAAGACCAUCGAGAUCCGUACUGGCUCCCAGUCGGUCACACAGUCGAGGGGUCAGUCCCAAGCUAUCAGUCAGAACCAUGCUCAAUCGCAAAACCAGUCGGACACAGAGCGUCGCUCCUCCUACGGCAAGACGGGAUUCGUGGCCAAUCAGGCCAAGCGUCUGUCCUGUUUGGAGCAGGAGAUCAGCAGCCUGACCAGCCAGUCCCAGGCCAUCAGUGCCCGGGCCUCUGCUCUCGGAGAGGGCUGCUUCCCCAACCUGAGAUCACCCACCUUUGACUCGAAGUUUCCACUCAAACCGGCGUCUGUGGAGUCCACAGUGCCCGGCUAUGGAGCAGCACCGGCAGCCACGGACAAGCUAACGGCACCUCCACCGGGAUUCCUUCAGCAGCAACAGCAGAGAUCCGCGUUCUCCGGCUACCAAGCCACCACCUCAGCGGUGCAGCAGAGCUCCUAUGCGAGCAGCUCGAAAGCCACCUCCUCAUCGCUCUCAUCCUCAUCAGCAUCUGCUUCAACAUCAGCAUCCGUCGCGAGAUCGUCGCAAAGUCUAACCCAAGCUUCUGCUAUUACUACCACCACUAAUAACCAGGCCACCAAGGCCUUCAGGAGCAGCAAUGGCAGCACCAUUAAUGCUAAUACGGCCUCACGGCCAUCCAUCGCUUCCAUCACAGCUCCAGGAUCAGCUCCUGCUCCAGCUGCAGUUAAAGCCACUGCUCCGUUGAAAGCUCCGAUUGCUCCAAAAUCGGUGAUAGCCAACGCCUUUAACGCUGCUGCUCCGCCUGCGCCUGCGCCCGCUGUCUUCCCGCCAGACUUGGGCGAUCUGAACCUGAACUCUAAUGUGGAUGAUUCUGCAGGUCCCGGUGCCGGAGGAAAGAGCGCAGGAGCCUUUGGAGCCACCUCGGCGCCCAAGAGGGGCAGGGGCAUCCUGAACAAGGCUGCUGGACCUGGAGUGCGCAUCCCACUGUGCAACAGCUGCAACGUGCAGAUCAGAGGACCCUUCAUCACGGCGUUGGGCCGCAUCUGGUGCCCGGAUCACUUCAUCUGCGUGAAUGGCAACUGCCGUCGUCCCCUGCAGGACAUUGGAUUCGUUGAGGAGAAGGGCGACCUGUACUGCGAGUACUGUUUCGAGAAGUACCUGGCUCCCACGUGCAGCAAGUGCGCCGGCAAGAUCAAGGGUGACUGUUUGAAUGCCAUUGGUAAGCACUUUCAUCCGGAGUGCUUCACCUGCGGCCAGUGCGGCAAGAUCUUUGGCAACAGGCCAUUCUUCCUGGAGGAUGGCAACGCGUACUGCGAGGCCGACUGGAACGAGCUGUUCACCACCAAGUGCUUCGCCUGCGGCUUCCCCGUGGAAGCUGGCGACAGAUGGGUGGAGGCCCUGAACCACAACUACCAUAGCCAAUGCUUCAACUGCACGUUCUGCAAACAGAACCUGGAGGGCCAGAGCUUCUACAACAAGGGCGGACGUCCCUUCUGCAAGAAUCACGCGCGCUAAGCCGCCGACCAGAUGAUUUUGUUCGACUUCAGGGAUCACGCACACUAACCAACACAAACAACUAUCUAUCACAAUCCUCGGAUUACUUGGAUAUGGGGGCUCGCUCCCAACUCGUAUCUAAUGCUUAUUAUUGCAAUUGUCAGAGUGAAUAAUGCGUAACUAUUAUUAUUUCUAUUUGUUUUUGAAUUGUGCCCACAAAUGUUAUCCUAAUUUUAAAUGAUGAACGAAUCACUCUAAAUCAAAAACCUAAAAACGUAGCUGCAAACGACACGAAAUCGAAUUACAUAGCUAGCAAAUGAUAUGCCCCACACAAACCAUACACACACCAUUAUUAUUUAUUCAAACAUUGUAAUCGUAUAAUCAUAGCCGAACUACCGAUCCCACACGCUAAAAUGUAUGUACUGUGGCCAGAGUUAAUUUACUUAGUUGAGCCUGAAAACUGUUGAUCAACCCGCCAGCACAAGCUAACAAACCGCGCGAGGGGAUUUCGACUUCCCAACUCAAUUCGGCGACGCAUUCGGAAGAGUCUGAAAAGCCAUACAAACGAGGUUGUCAGCAGGCAGUUGCUACUUUACUUCUAAAUUUAUGUUGUAAAUUAUACAUAAUUCGAUUGUAAAUUGUAAAUGAUCAUCGGCAAGUGAAUAAAUUUCGAAAUCUUUUUCGCGUUUAA